GCUGUGGGGGGAACCCUGACCUCCCUUCUCCGUGUCGACGAUCGGUGGGGGUCGCCACCAGGCAAGUUAGCUCACCAGUGGGCGCCGCAGGCCGCGAUGCUACUCCGGGACCUGGUGCUGCGCCAUGGCUGCUGCUGGCCCUCACUUCUGCUGCACUGUGCGCUGCACCCACUCUGGGGUUUAGUUCAGGUGACGCAUGCUGAGCCCCAGAAGUCUUGCUCUAAGGUGACUGACAGCUGCCAACACAUCUGCCAGUGCCGGCCCCCACCCCCUCUUCCCCCUCCACCCCCACCUCCGCCACCUCCCAGACUACUCUCCGCCCCAGCUCCUAACUCUACCUCCUGCCCUGCGGAGGACAGCUGGUGGUCUGGUCUGGUGAUCAUCGUUGCAGUGGUCUGUGCCUCCCUGGUGUUUCUGACUGUCCUGGUCAUCAUUUGCUACAAAGCCAUAAAGAGGAAACCACUGAGAAAAGAUGAGAAUGGCACCGGUGUCGCUGAGUACCCCAUGAGCUCCUCGCAGAGCCACAAAGGGGUGGAUGUGAACGCUGCGGUGGUGUGAACCUGCAGGCCCUGGGACCCACUGGCCAGAAGGGCACCGUGGUGACACUGGUGGACAUGGAUGGCAGGUGGACAUGAGCUGACCCUGGGCCUGUCCAGGACUUCCUGCUUCUCAGGCCUCGAGCCUCCUGACAGAGAAAGCAUCCUCUUCCCGGGCUAUGGUCACCCCCGAGGGGUGCACCACCGACACCAGGCUUGAGCCAGGCUCCCCUGCAUGUGGCCCCUGAGCAGCACCACCACCCAGAGGUCUCCAUCCUCUCCUUGUCUCGCGUUGGGCACACCGACUGUCACCAGUUGCUCCUGAAAGCAUGUAUUCCAAUGAAAGCGGAGGGUCUACCCGUCUGCCUGGGGCAGAGAUAUCCCACUUUAGCCAGAAGCAAGGUGAUCCAGGGACUGCUCCCAUUCUGGAAGUUUCCCUCUCCUGCAGGAAACUCACCUGCUCCUCUGUGGACAUUCUUACAAAAGCCAUCACACAGCCAUGAGACAAAUGUCCCCUUCCAAAGGUGCUUCCCACACAUCUGUCCAUCACUGUAUCUGCCAUGGUCUUCCACCUCCACUGCCCGUGUCACCCUCCUUUGCCCACCCAGAGCCUAGCCUGUGACUCCUUACUGCAUGCCUGCCUGGGGGAGCAGUGAGCCCAGCCUACAUAGUCCUCAAGGAGUGAACUCAGUGUCUCCCAGACGCCCAGGCAGAGGGUGUCUCAAGAAAGUCAGAGGUUCCCUUUGCCACUCCGACAUCCCACCCCUGGCUCUUCAGGAAGCAUCAGUGUGAGCCAGACCCUGCCUCACCGGACAGAGGUCACAACUUGUGCCAAACCCGUAAGGGCACUCCGUGCCAGGCUGAUGCUGGUCUAGUGCUCUGUGACCCACGUACCCCCCAACGGUCCCCUGAAGCCUAAAUUUGGUACUCAGAAAGUUCCCAAGAGAAGGUAGCCUUCUGUGUGUCCCUAAAGUGGCUUUCUCUGUGGGCCAGAACUCUUAGGGCACCAGAGCCACCUGAGUGUGAGCAGAAGAGAAAGUGGGGAAGGAUCGGCUAGCCUUGAUAACCUCCCACCCACAGGCUCGGUUCCCUGGAGGCCACCCACACAGUGAGGCACAUCCCUUGACCCUUGUGAUUUUUGUAUCCCUUGCCCCUCCCCCCACCCCCCUCACCAGCCACAUGGCCUAGAAGGAAGCAAGCCUACGGGAAAGAAACACCCCCACAGUGUAGAGAUGUAGCUGGGUACAUUAGCCUCCUCUUCAACCACCAGAGAUCUCUGGUGAGUGUUUGUGCUACACGAGAAUUUCAAAGCCAGGUAAAACUGAUACGCAAGCCAGUCCUGUGUGGCUGGGUGCCCUGAAGCUGACCCUGUUCUCUGCCCCCGAGUCACUAGGUACGGGCUAAGGACAGUCCAGGGCAAAUGUCCUGUAAGUGACAUUUGCCCUCUUUUGCUUGAGGACAUGGCUUUGGGUUAGUUUUGAAUGUCCCCUUUACAGCCUUGUGCUCCGGCACAAGG